AUUAUGAAUGCGUUGCUACCUUAGAAGGUCAUGAAAAUGAGGCUAAAGCUGUUUCAUGGGCAAAAUCCGGAACAUUACUUGCUACAUGUGGUCGUGAUAAGAGCGUUCAUGGACGCAUCGCUAGUAGUGGUGGAGAUAACACGGUCAGGGUGUUUGAGCAGGAAGAAAGCACAAUGUCUGACGACAUGACAGACACAACUAAUUUUUCAAUGAUCGCAUCAGUCACAUCAGCCCACGGAGUCGUAGAUGUCAACUGUGUGCAGUGGUAUCCUACCGACAAGCACCCUAAUUGGUUAGCCACAGCUGGGGAUGAUGGAAUUGUUAGGAUAUGGCAAUUAGCUGAAGAAUAG